GUUUGAGGGAAGUGGUGUCGCAACUUUGCUGUUAACACUCUGUCGCGUCCUCACUUCAUCAAUAUUCUUCAUAACGACACAAUUAACCUACCACUGGUUAAUGUGUUUUUCUUUCGGACGUUAAGAUGAAUGUGGAUUUAACUUUGAUCUCAUUGCAUGUUGAAACAAAGCUCAAAGAAAAGCGGGUCCUGGGGAGGGGAAGAUUGGAAUUGGGACAGGGGUUCCAAGUAUGGGCACCGGCAAUGGGGACAAUGGGAGGGGUGGCCAUAGUGAUGACCAAAUUCUUUCAAGGGCAGGUGCUUGACUACUUCCUGGAUACUCAAGGACGAUGGGCAUGGGUUUGGGUGGAAACAGAGGGGGAAAGAUUGCUAGUGUCCACGGUGUACGCCCCGCAGGAGACGACACAAAAAAAAUGGUUCUGGCGGGAUGUCCCAACGAACGUUCCGGAUACGCGGAAUUCAAUGAUGAUGGGGGACUUUAAUACUGUGGUACAGCCGGGACUGGAUUCCCCUCAGGCAGGGCCGCCGAGACUGGAUGCGGAAGCACUCCGGUUGAUGAUGGCCGAGAUGGCGAUGGAGGACGCAUUUCGGGAAACUUGGCUGAAGGAAAAAGGGUUCACAUGGAUAGGGGCGGGACUGGGACGAAGAAGCAGGCUAGACAUGGCAUGGGUGCAGCGGGACCUGCUGCACAAACUGCUCCGGGUGGUAGCGCUGCCGGUGGCCAUGUCAGAUCACAAGUUGCUGCUCACUGAGUUUUUGCUGCCGCCACUAGUGGAGACAUGGGCGCAGCCACCGACAGUACCCCAUUGGAUGUUUCGAGAUCCAUUACACAUACGGUUAGCAAAACAGCACUGGGAGUACUGGGCAGGAUUGCGCACAAAGGGAGUAUCGGCAACACGGCACUUCCAACAAGGAUUGUUGGAACUAAGGCGUGUGAUGUUGGCACGGGCAAAGGUCACAAGGCAGGCACAUCUGCGGACAGGGGAAAAAUACAUUAGUGAGAUGGAGGAAUUGGGGACAGAACCACGAGAGGGAGAGGAGGAGGAGUGGUGGGUGGUGGGACAAGUGAUUGGCCCCCUCCUGCAGGAAAUUUGCGACGGCUUCUUUCGCGAUCGCAAGGGCUUUCCGCAGGGCUUUGGAGAGGCGAACAUAAUACUGCGACACAAGAAAGGAGACCCGAUGGAGAUCAGAAAUUGGAGGCCGGUCUCUUUGCUCUCUGCCCCAUACAAGCUGUACGCCAAAGUGUUGGCCAAUCGGUUAACCGAGGUGCUCCCGGACUUGGUGCACCCCACCCAGACCGGCUUUGUACCGACCAGACAGAUCUUGACCAAUGUCAUCAUGGUGAGGGAGGUGCUACGCCGGGCCGAGGAGAGCGAUCCGCCGCUGGCAGUACUGCUAUUGGACUUUGAGAAAGCGUACGACAGAGUACGCUGGGGAUUCCUCCUGAGAGGAAUGGAGAAGAGGGGGAUAGGGCCACGAUUCAGACUGGCAGUCCAGGACCUGCUGGGUUCGGCAACAGCAACGGUACAAAUUAAUGGAUUCCGAUCACAACCGAUGAGGGUCACGAGAUCAGUUAGGCAAGGAUGCCCCCUCUCACCGGCACUCUACAUCUUGUAUGUAGAACACUUGCAUGAUAUAUUACGGGGCGACGGGAGGAUCCGGGGACUCUGCCUCCCCGAUUCCAGGGAGCUAAAGUCAAAUAGUUUCGCGGAUGAUACGGCUGCCUUCGUCGAAUGCUCUGAAACGGCGGUACGGGCUGUUAGGGAGCAGGUUCACAACUUCGAAAUACACGCAGGAGCCAAGGUGAACUGGCGAAAGUCGAUGGUAAUGUUGCACGAGGAGAAAGGGGCGGACAUGCGAAUGUGCAGGGACAGGAGAACACCAGGUACCUGGGGAUCCUGCUUCCGGCGGCGCUGACCAGUGGAGAACAAAUGGAGAACCUGCUC